AUGUCGAAUCUACAUGUACUCUCAUCUCUAACGGAGCGCGAAGCCGUUAUUGAUGCAUUAUAUCGUGCAAUAUCAGGCUUCGAUGAUAACGAUAUCUCACUCUUGAAGUCCGCUUGUUGCGGAUCAGAUUUUGCCUUCGAAAUGAAUGGGAAUAUCUUUAAUGUUGAUCAACUUAUCAAUUUUGUGGGUCCCUUGGACACUACGCACAUGAUUAGCGGUAUUCGCGUGGACCUUAAAGAGGGCGCCCUUUCUGCUUCACUCACUGCCAAUGCUUUGGCACAGCAUUGUCCGCCCGGCAGAGGUUUGGAGACCGAUGGGCCGAAAUUUUUAGCUGGUGGCAAAUACUUUAUCGACCUAGUAAAGGAUAACAAUGAUGGGUUGUGGAAAAUCAAGAAGUGGGUCUUGAAGACCAUCUGGAGGCAAGGCGAUGCUUCGGUGUUGGAGAGUUGA